AUGAGCAGCACUCCCGCAGAGAUACCGGGCUUCUAUUACGAUGCGGAGAAGAAGAGAUAUUUCAAAAUAGAAGAUUCUCAUACCGCGCCAGCUUCGGCGGAGUGGUCCUCUGCCUCAGUUAAGCGCCGCAGGCUUGAGACAGAAGCCGCCGAGGAAGCGUCCCAGGAGGAAGAGCUCAUCAAGAACCACGUUAAGCGCAGUGCCUUAAUUAAUGAUGCUGCUGCCUCUGGACUGCUGGCUCGCGAGCUGGGCACCUCGAAGACCGAGACUGACGAAGUGGCUGCUGCUUUGUGGGCUCAGGGGGUGACUGACAAGGGGAGUGUUGCCUUUGGGCUCACUUUGCAUUAUGAGACGCAUCCUCAUAUGCCGUGUUUUUACGUCAGUGGCAAGGAGUGUGGUACGGAGUCGGCUAUAGCGUAUUCGACUUUUGAUGAAGAGAUGUUGAUGGGAACAUACAUUGACACGGAUGAAAAUGAAAAUCUUCAAACUAAAGCAGCUUCUUUCCGCACUGCGGGAAGGCUGCACUAUGAGAUGGUCUACUGUCCUCAGAUGUCAUCCAUCAAAUACCAUCAGCCGACUAACAAGGUUCUCCUGACUUCGAAAGAACCAGGCCGGGGCCUGUCUCUCUGUGUAUUCACUCCUCCAAUGGAUGAUACCCCCGACCAAGGAAGGCACUGGAUCAUGGGCGAGAUCGACAGCUACCGAAAUAUUGUAUACAACUUUUCGCGCAGUCGGAGCUGGGGUGUCAACCAGAGCACGCCUGCCCCUGCCUCCUCUGACCUUCUCUGUGUCGUGGGCACCAGCAGAGGGAUCCAACGUAUUCAUCUCAAUGAAACUCCUAGCUGGAUCACCCAAAUGGACAGCCCACCCGACUACGGCGUUGAUUCCAAGAUCGAUCACCCCGGCCGUAAGAGGUUUAUCGGCCCUCAAGAGAUCUUUUCUCAAGACUUCCAGGUUGACAACCAUAACAUACUGCUUGCUGGUGGCCGGCAGCCUCGCCUCUGGAUUACUGAUCUCAGAGCGCCCACUGCCGGAUGGAACUUUGUUAAGCACGGUUCGUCCAUUGCCCACGUUCGCAGCAUCAACCCCCAUCAAGUCCUGGUCGCUGGUCUGCGAAACCGCAUGUCCGUGUACGACAUGCGCUUCAUCCAAGCCAACAAGAGUGGGUACCGCGACCGAGCCACUUCUUCUCCGAUCCUCGAAUUCUCAAACUAUAAGAACGAGCCCUACUUCAACAUUGGCUGGGACGUAUCCAAGGAGCUCAACCUCGUGGCCUCGGCGCAGGACAACGGCACCAUCAAGCUCUUCUCGCUGAGCUCCGGCUGCGCUUUGCCUUUGGGCAAAGCCUUGGGGAGCCUUCAGACGGGCGAUCCCGUCAAGGCAAUGAUGUUUCAGACGCUGCCGGGAGAGAAUUCGCCGAGCCUGUAUGUGGCCAAGGGCCCGUUUAUCAAGAAAUUUGGUUGUGCGCCAAGCAACCCUUCCGACGAGGAAUGA